AUGGCCUUUUCGCCCAAAACUCGACCACCACCAACAUCCACGCCCUACACGAUGGCGUACUUACCAGAAACCAGACCUGCACCUACACCUGUGCCUGUGCCUGUGCCUGUGCCUGUGCCUGUGCCUGUACCUGAGCCUGCGCCGUACACAGUGACGUAUGUCCCUGCUCCAACUCAGGCACCCAGAGUUGCUGCACCAAGUCCUAUACCUCUCUCUGGCCACAACCACCAGUAUAUCACAUCACAGACAGCUCCGCAGCGCACCCAAGAGCAAAUUCAAGCUGAACGUGAGUAUGUCGAAUACUCCAGACAGUGGAAAGAGGCCCUGGACAUUCUAAGCACGGCCGAGAUACAAAUGCGAGCCGCAGAAGCCAGGAUGGCGGCUCUCGGAGUGGUCCCGGACGCACAUGCGUUGUUACACCAGAUGUCGUCCACCAAUCACGGAUAG